AUGGUCACGGAAACCUGGCUGAGCACGGAAAUCGCGGAUGCCGAGAUUGCGUUACCUGGCAUGAGUUCCUUACCAAAAGAUCGGCCUAGCAGAGGAGGCGGAGUGCUUUUGUAUUAUCGAUCCGACCUACAUGUUGAGAUCAUUGAUGACUCAGAAGCAAACAUCAACGAUUCUCUUUGGUGUCGUAUGCACCUGAGACGUGGCGAUGUGUGUUUGCUAGCAAUAGUUUACCGUCCUCCAAUGUCUACCUUGGAAAUGGAUCAAGGCCUUGCUGCUGCGAUGAAACGAGUAUUGACACGUCCACACAGUCACUUUCUUCUGGUGGGGGACUUCAGUCUGCACGCACUCGAAGUUCCAGCAUCGCCCAGCGAACAGUUCAAGGCUGAUUUGCAAGAACUGAUUACCGAUGUACCACUGUAUAACAAUGUCACCUCCCCCACUCGUUUCAGAACGGGUGACACCCCCCUCUGUCUUGGACCUUGUGAUCACCAACGAGGAACAAAUGAUUGA